GCAUAAACCAUAAAUGAAUGCACAUUGUAAUUACACAUCUGCAAUCAUUUUCUUUUAAAUUUAUGCAGAAAAAAGUCGUUUGUUAAUCGAAAUUAGUAUAAAAAGCAAGGUGUAAAUUGUAUGCAACACGUGUGGAUCGAGUAUAGAGUCCAAGAGAUCACAUUUCGUUCAAUUCCAUUCAAUUCUCGAUUGAAAGGAAAGAGCUGAGUUCGUAAUUUGUAUUCUUUAAUGUUUUACAAUUUAUUAAAAGUCUACUCAUGCGUAGCUUAAUUUUAAAAACCAUAAAGCGGUUUUGUACGAAGAAGCUGUCUAGUCAGACAGAAUUAAAGUUCUCUUGUUCCUCUGUCGUAAGAGAUAUUGCACCCAUUACUAUGGUGGCUGAAGAGAAAGAUGUAGAUUAUGAAACAGUGCAUCCUGAACAUACAUUGACUUGGUUGCACAAAAGUGCACCUUGCUUCGCUAUAAAUGGUUCGAAGAUCAAAAUAAUUCACGAGCCAAGUAUAUUUUAUUCUACGCUCAUAGAGAAAUGUAAAAAUGCUAAAAGGAGGAUAACACUUGCAUCGUUGUAUUUAGGCACAGGGAAAUUAGAAUCAAAUUUAGUAACUGCUAUAGAUGAAGCUUUAAUUGCAAGUAAUGGUAGUGUCGAAGUGAAGAUUCUAUUAGAUUUUAUGAGGGGGUCUAGAGGUAAAUUAAAUUCUCGUAAAAUGUUGGAACCAUUGCUUAAUGGGAGAUACGGUCACUGUUGUCAAAUCUUCUUGUAUCACACUCCGAAACUUCGUGGACUCUUGAAAAUGAUCAUACCAGACCGUUUUAAUGAACUGGUGGGACUUCAGCACAUGAAAUUGUACAUGAUAGAUAAUGAUAUAAUCAUUAGUGGAGCUAAUCUGAGCAACGAUUAUUUCACAAACCGACAAGAUCGUUAUUUCUUGAUCGAAGACUGUAAAGAACUUUGCGAUUUUUAUAAUGAUUUAGUUCAAAGAGUAGGAGAAUUCAGCUUCGUACUUCAGUCGGAUGGUAGUACAGUAUUAAAUUCGGCUAUAAACAUUCAUCCUCUUAAAGAGUCUACGAAAUUCAUUGAAAAAGCUGGAAGCAGUGUAAAAGCCUUGUUCCAAAAGGAAAUGGAAGAACGCUCUGAUCUCGAUAAAAUAGGAAAAGAUUCAGACACAGAUACAUGGGUCUUCCCUUUGAUACAAAUGGGGCAACUAAAUAUUUGUCAUGAUAGUCAAGUAACUUUAAAACUAUUACAAACUGUUCCGUCAGGUACAAUGCUUAAACUAGCAACUGGCUAUUUUAACUUAACUUCAGAAUAUAGUGAAGCAUUACUUAGACACUGUCAAGGGACGUGUCACCUCUUGACAGCACAUCCAACUGCCAAUGGGUUCUUUUCUGCCAAAGGCAUCGCCGGCGGUAUUCCGGCGGCGUACACUAAAAUAGAGGAAUCGUUUGUAAAAAACUGCAACAGUUUAGGGCAACAAAAAAGAAUAACUUUAUGGGAAUUUAUUAAGCCUGGAUGGACUUAUCACGCCAAGGGCCUCUGGUACACUUUGCCAGAUCAAGAAAAACCUUGUCUUACUCUUAUUGGGUCGCCUAAUUUCGGCUACAGAUCGGUGAACAAAGAUUUAGAAACUCAGAUUGCUAUUGUGACGAAAAAUAGAUAUUUACAAAACGAACUGCAGAAGGAACACGAACGGCUGUUCUCAUGCGCGAAACGCGUAACGAAACAGACAUUCGUUGAGAAAGAUCGAAUCCCGCCGAAUUGGGUAUGUGCUAUCGUUGUUCUCUUUCGAUAUUAUUUUUAGUGUUGUAUCUCAUUUUUAAGUCCGUCGCACAUGAUCUAAGCUAUAAUUUAUGUCAACUCGUGCUAAUUACUUCCUAUUGGAAAAAAUAUUAAAUAAAAAACGUAUUCGUUUAUAAAUUUA